AUGUUCCUGCACUCCAAAUAAUCCAGUGUCAUUUGUCUUUGCCCAACUUCCAAACAAAAUUUUAGUAUUAUACUCCAACCUAAACCUUACUUGUCUGCUAGUACUAAGUUUACCACUAAAAUUCACCAUUCUUGGGAAAGUAAACCAUGCCAAGAAUCAAUCUGAAUUCUGAAUUCUGAAGGAGAAGCAAAGAAAGAAACAUGAGUUGGCCUUGGCCAUCCAUGAUCCAUCUGGAACAGUGAAGCUGCAGUGUGAAGGUGGAGUGAAAAUGGGGACGGGUGUGAGUGUCCUUGCAGCAAAGGACACAAAAACCCACGCCUGCUUGCUCUCGGUUAACACACAACAGUAAGGACAAGGCAUUGGAUUCGGUUAACCACUAGUGGUAGUACUACCACUCUGCUGCUCUGCUAGGGCAGCGUGUACCGGAAUGUACCCGAUGUGGUAGCUACGAGUAGCUGCUGUGAGCUGAAAGCAAGCAAUUUAUACUUCGUUCGUUCACUUCAUCAGUUCAUCUCCUUGAUUCGUACUAGGACACAAGGAUUGCUUCUUGGAGCUCUUCUUCUUCUUUGUGUUGUUGCGGUGGUGGUGGUUUUUCGAGAAAAUUUUCUUUUCAGGAGAAGAAAAAUCUUCGAGGUGCGUGUGAAGAAUCGGAUGUGAGAUGGAGGAGACGAGGGCGAAGAGGGUGGAUGCCUCGGCGAGGAUGCGGGCCGUGCCGAUCGCCGUCACGCCGGAGGGAUUCUGGUGCUGCCCGUCGCCGGCGGCGCUCCACAAGAGCCUCAAGAACAACCCCCACCACCACGGCGGCGGCGGCAACCACAAGCCUCCGCCGCCGACGCCGCCGCCGCAGCAGCACAAGACGACGACCCCAUCCGCGCCGCCGUCGAGGGCCCCCUCGGUCCUGAGCGAGCCGGUCGCCGGCGACGCUCCCGACGAGCCGCCGCCGCAGCCGGCGGCGGCGGAGGCGGAGGCGGAGAGGCACAAGAUCUGCGUGGGGUUCGGGCAGCCGGAGACGAGCGACGUGACGGUGGUGCUGUACGGCAAGGAAGGGAUCGCGGUGAGGAUGAGCGUGCACGGGGACGUGCUCCGCCGGAGCAGCGCCUUCUUCGCCGAGAAGCUCUCCUCCUCCUCCUCCUCCUCCGGCUCCGGUGGCCAUGGCCAUGGCUCGUGCCUGGAGAUCCAUGACUGCGACGACGCUGAGAUCUAUGUGGAAACCGUCGGGCUCAUGUACUGCGACGAGGCCAAGCACAAGCUGCUCAAGCAGAAUGUCUCGCGUGUUCUUCGCAUCAUGAAGGUUGCCGAGUCGCUUGGUUUCCACGCAUGUGUCAAGUCAUGCUUGGAUUAUUUGGAAGCUGUUCCUUGGGUUGGUGAGGAAGAAGACAAUGUUGUGUCCUCGAUACGGCAUCUUCAGAGCAAGGCUUAUGGAGUUAGUCCUCUGCUGAAAAGAAUUACUUCUGACAAUCUAAAAUCACCAACUGAUACAUUAGCUCUUAUAAUGGAGAUGGUGUUGAAGAGCACUGAUGACAGGGCGCGUCGGGAAAUGAAAGCCCUUGUUCUGAAUCUUCUGAAAGACAGCAACCAUUGCACAGAUGGAUCAUCAGACAUCAGUUCAGAAUUAUUGUACAGUUCAUGCCAAGGUUGCUUAGACAGACUUCGACUACUGUUUUCAGAAGCGACGGGACAAGAAUUUUCUGUUGAACUUACACGGCAAAUAACUCUGGAGACAGAUAAUCUCCUCUGGUUGGUUGAGAUAUUGGUUAACCAGCGCAUCUGCGAUGAUUUUGUGGCUCUAUGGGCAAACCAAAGCAAGAUUGCAGAAUUACAUGGAAAAUUGCCGGUUGCCUCUCGUCACACUGUUAGCUGUAUCACAGCAAGGCUUUUUGUCGGAAUUGGAAGAGGAGAGAUGCUUCCAUCCAAGAACACCCGUCUUCUCCUCUUGCAAGUCUGGCUGCAACCACUCAUUGAUGACUACUCAUGGUUACAAUGCAGCUGCCGGUCAUUCGAUAGGAAGCUCGUCGAGGAAGGGAUCGGGCAGACAAUCCUGACACUUCCCUUGGAAGAUCAGCGGUCCAUGUUACUGGCAUGGCUUGGGAGAUUCUUGAAGUUAGGGGAUAAUUGCCCUAAUCUCCAGAGGGCAUUUGAAGUAUGGUGGAGAAGGACUUUUGUCAGGCCUUAUGUCAGUCAGGCAAGAUGUGGUGGAUAAACUUGCAGUUGGAUGUUGUUGGGCAUGAUUAGGGGGAAAGUAAAGAGCUCGGUGUGCAUCAGCUUCAGUGGGAUGCCAAUGGUGAUUUUUUUGGUCUUGAUGUUAGUGGAAGCUCCACCUUACAGAAUGAAUUGAAAAGGCAAAGCUGCUAUCAUCUUUUGUCAAGCGUCUCCAUCGAUGACUCAUGAGGUAUGCCUUGAUCAGAUUGUUCAGCUCAGGGAAGUUGAGGUAAGUAAGAAUUUCCCGGCAUGUUCAGGAUCUUGUUCAUCCAAAAGAUGUGCUACAUACCAAAUUCGCAGCAUUAUAGUGUGGGUUGUAACUCAGUACUUCAGUCCCAACAUGAUGAAAGCUUUGCUGUCAAGAUGGAAUCUGAUUCAGUAAAAAUCUUCAGUGGUGAGCAUCUGGAGAAAGAAAAGCAUGUGCCUUACCAGGGGGAGAUUACCAUCUUGAAUAAGCUGAAAAGGGUCAAAAUUCAGCUGAGUGAUCCCUUUGUCAGAAGGAUGGUUGAGAAAAAUGUAAACAACUUUUCAUUAUCUUAAGAAGAAGUUAAAUAAUGUGACUCCUAAGUUGGGUGACUCCUAAGUUGUGAGUACCUAACAUGAGCUGUCCACAUGAUGUGUCUUAAGAGUUGAGAUUCUGGCAAAAGAAUUGCUUUGAUGUGUGCCUUCACCUAAACAUAUUGUGGGCUCAAUAACAAAUUAGAUUACUUGGGCUGUGGUUUGGAAGAGGAAACGCUACUUGAUUUUGUGGUAUAUUGUUUAUACUAUAAUUUCAAUAAUUCAUGUUCUUGAAUAUCAGCAUUCUCUCUGCUCACUCAAAUGUUUGUGAAAGCAUUAUGCAACUUGGCAUGUGUAUAUGGACUUACAUUACAUGUGUCUCUUCCAAUUGCAAGGUUGCAACCUAGUAUGUUUAUGCUUUCAUCUGCAUGUUGCUGUAACUGUACUUUUCUCUUAUAAUAUGAAAGUGUGGAACUACUUGUUUAAUUAAUUUAAACCUUGUACAAACCACGUACGAGGCAUCCGAUGAUGGAACGUGAA